CAUGGCGUUUUUCAGUACUAACCACCCCAUAGCGUUAUUCAACAUUAGCCUGUAAAACGUUUUCAUUGAGCGAAAUAUUUUUUGUUGUUUCUUUCGUUUUUCGGCGAAAUUUUGGUUUAAAAUUAAUUCUACACGCUCGCUGGCGUACAAUGUCCGAUGACGACGAUAUCCAGUACAUCAAGCGCCAGCGGACGCUCCACUACGGCUCGUUGGAGGAGACGGAGCGUAAGCGUCAGAAUGCUGCGACGGCGUCUGCAACAACAGCGGCACCGGCGCCGGCAUCUUCCUCGGGAUCAGGAGCAGGAAGGGAAGGUGGGGGAGGAGGAGCGACUACAACGGCGGGAGGAAACACUGGUGGCCAGCUGGAGGACAUAGAUUCCGAUGAGGACUACGAGGAGGCAUCUAAGAAGGGAACGGCCAGCGGGAAGUCGGGGGGAAAGCCAGGAAUCAGUGCCAAACCGCCGACUGCAUUGCCUACAGCCGCGUCAUUGGCCAACAAGAUCGAUGACGACUAUUUCGAUCUGGAGACGGAGAUGGAGCGCGACAAGGUGGCCUUGCUGGAGGAAUUCGAGCGCAAAAAGCGCGCCCGCCAGAUCAAUGUGUCCACGGACGAUGCUGAGAUCAAGAACAACCUGCGACAGUUGAACGAACCGAUUUGUUUCUUCGGCGAAGGACCUGCCGAACGAAGACGUCGUCUAAAGGAGCUGCUGGCCAAUCUAGGCGAGAAUGCCAUCAAUCGCGGACGUGGCGCCGAGGAUACCGAAGAGCGUAAGGUGCAGUCUCGCGAUCAGGAACAGGCCACAUGGUAUCACGAAGGACCGGACACCCUGCGCAUUGCCCGUCUCUGGCUGGCGGACUAUUCGCUGCCGCGUGCCAGGGAUCGACUGGAGCGUGCCAGGGAAGCUUUGGAGGUGCCCAGCGCAGCGCGUGCUGGUCGCAUGGUGGAGAUGCAAAAGAAGCUGCAGUCACUGGCACCACUCUGCUCCCAGGUGGGUGACACACGGCCCGUGAGCAGUGCCGCCUUCAGCGCCGAUUCCUCGCUCCUGUUGACCGCUUCGUGGUCCGGUCUCUGCAAGCUGUGGAGCGUGCCCGACUGCGAGCUGAAGCAGACGCUGCGCGGCCAUGCCAGCUAUGUCGGCGGCGUGGCCUUGCGGCCCGGUGUUCAUGCCGACGAGGAGAACGUGGUGGCCAUGGCCUCGGGCGGCCACGAUGGCGCCGUCAAACUGUGGGGCUUCAACAACGAGGAGUCCAUCGCAGACAUCACCGGUCACAUGCCGCAUCGCGUAUCCAAGGUAGCCUUUCAUCCGUCCGGCCGUUUCUUGGCCACUGCCUGCUACGAUUCCAGCUGGCGACUGUGGGAUCUGGAGCAGAAGACUGAGGUGCUACAUCAGGAGGGCCAUGCCAAGCCCGUGCAUUGCCUUAGCUAUCAGUCGGAUGGUAGUGUUCUCUGCACUGGCGGCCUCGAUGCCUUCGGUCGGGUGUGGGAUCUGCGCACCGGACGCUGCAUCAUGUUCCUCGAAGGCCACCUGGGCGCUGUCUUUGGCGUAGACUUUUCGCCGAAUGGCUUCCACAUUGCCACCGGCUCGCAGGAUAAUACCUGCAAGAUCUGGGACUUGCGACGACGACAGCCGGUGUACACAAUUCCUGCGCACACAAACCUCAUUUCGGACGUGAAGUACCAACAGGAAUGCGGCAGCUUUCUGGUCACCUGCUCGUACGACUCGACGACCAAGAUCUGGUCGAACAAGACGUGGCAGCCGCUGAAGACGCUGCAGGGCCAUGACAACAAGGUCAUCUCCGUGGAUAUCUCACCGAAUGCGCAGUAUAUAGCCACCACGUCGUUCGAUCGCACCUUCAAACUGUGGUCGCCCGAUAGCUGAUUUUAAUCUAAGAAUUUUCAUUUUGAUUUUUGAUUUUCGACGCCACUCAGACAAUCUUCAUAUUGCGUGCGAUCAUUGCUGUCAUUUACUCCUUUUUCUUGUUAUUUCAGAGACAAUAGCCCAAGGAAGUUUUUACAAACAAAUCAAGUUUUCGUUUUGUAUAACACAAUUUGUUAUUGUUUUUGUUAGACGAAAGGCAGCGGCCAUGGAGCGCAACAUUGCAUUUCGUAAAUUUAAGCAUUUUU